CAGGACAACAGCCACAGUAUCUGAUUACAUAGCGUCAAGAUGUCCGCCGUGUCCGGUUGGUUGGCUGUGUUGUCUGUGUCGACGGUUGUUCUCUUCGCCCUCAACUUGGCCUUCAAUAACGAUGGCUCCAGAUCAGCCAUCCUGGGAGAGGACGUUCAACCAGUGGGAGAGGUGAGGCAAAUAUCACCUCUCCCACGCCUCUCGUGACUUUGCCUGUGUGCCUUUCUUUCUUCGACUGCAGGUAUCUGACGAGUUCGACUCGACCAUCACGCCCAGGGGUAUCGCCUUCGCCAUCUGGGGGUUGAUCUAUUUCUGGAAUGCCGUCCUUAUGGUGUUCGCGCUGUAUGACGCCUUCGCGCCACUGUUUCGCGGCUUCCGGAGGGGUCGCGUCACAAGUGACUACCACGCAGAGGAGGAGGCAGCCAGCGGACUCGACAAGCACCUUCUCACUCCACUCUUCGUAAGGGAAUGCCUGACACACAGAGCUAUGUGAUGGCUAACGCCUCUUCUGUGUGUGUGUGUGUGUGUGUCUUUGUGUCGUGUGUUUCAGUACCUGUCGUACAGCCUGACGUGUGUGUCGAGUGCCGUGUGGAUCUACGUGUGGACCAACGAGAAGCUGGGCCUCUCAGUUCUCUUCCUCCUCCUCAUGAACGUGGGUCUCUGGGGCGCCAUCGCCGCCGUCUUCUCGCACUACCGCUCCCUCACCGGCGGCAGGAAGGAGGGGUUCACCAAAUUCCAGCGCAACUUCUCCAGGUACGGCUGCUUCUCUACACACACAGUGGCCCCUGACGCUCAUGUGAAUGUGUGUCUAUUGUGUGUAGAUUCGACUUCUUCGGAUUCCACGCAUUUGUUGUCAACGGUCUCUUCAUCUACGCGACGUGGGUGGCGGUCGCCCUGCUGCUGAACCUGACGACAUGGGUGGCAUUCGACCUCAAGACCCUCUCCGCCGAGCGCAUGGCCACCGUGUCGCUCGUCAUCCUGAUCUGCGAGGUGGCCCUGUGGUUCACGGCGCAGAACACCUUCCUGGAGCGGUAUACCCGAUACCUUGUGAUCGACUACCUAGUGCUGUUCUGGGCGGUGGGCUGGUCACUCGACAAGAACUACAAGGCCGGAGCGACCAACACCAUCGUCACCAUCGCCCUGCUGGCGCUCAUCGGGCUGUGCUUCGUCGUCCGCAUCUGCCUCCUCAUCGGGCGGGCCAUCCACAGGCGGGCGGAGAGUACCAGGACACAGGAGAGGGAGGAGCCGGCCAAGGCGACUGCUACGGGCGGGUCGGCGUGUGUGGUGUAGCUGGCCGGCAAGACAGACAGACAGAGGGAGAGAAACCGGUCAUACAGAUCGGAGUGCGUCAUCGUACUGUAUUUUUGUGGUGGAUGACUGGAUGGAUGGAGGGUUGCACUAGGCUGUGGUCCCACUAACGCUUCUUGCAGGGGGGGAGGGAGGGUGAGGGGAGGUGGUUUAUGGGACUCUCUCUCGUGGGUGCCUGUGUGUCUUGCUAUGGGGCCCUUAUUUGUUGUAUAGGCGGUGGAUAAGUCCAUUGGCACACUGUACACACACACAGACUAACCAUGUAGGUUUUUUCUUUUGUCAAGGACUGUGGGUGCGGGCGUGGAUGUGUACUUCUCUUGGAUCCUUUUGUUUUUCGAGCUGCGUGUGUGUGACAUUUAUUUGGGUGAGUGGUGACCAUUACAUGUGCUUUGCUGAAGGCUCCGCCACA